AUUGACAUAAAUUAAAAAGAGCGGACUUGCAGUCCAAACUUUCAAAAACAUUAGAAAAUUGAAUUCAAAAAUGAUUUUUAUAUGAAAUUAGCACAAUUAAAUAUAAGUGCGAAGUGAAAUGCGCACAGUGCAGAGAAAUAAAUACAUUUUAUACUCAAAGAUUGAAUUAAAUGUAACAAUAUUUUUAUAUGUUUAUAUGUGAAAAUGAACGUUUGCAGAACUUGUCUUACAGUCGCUGUUGCGAAAGAUAUUAGCUUGCUACCUGACGAAUUAGAAGGAGAACCUAAAACUUCUUCAGAUAUAAUGUUAUAUUGUUUAGGUAUACAGAUAGUACCCGAAUCUAAAUUAACAACAAAGUUGUGCAUAGAGUGUUUUCUUAAUAUACUAUCAUUCCAUAAAUUUAAAACUCAAGCUAUUAAAAGUGAUGAAUACCUUCAGUCACUGCAAGAAAAAGUAAAGGAUGAAGUAUCCAUUGAUGAUGAUAUUAAGAAAGAAGAUGAAAUUGAUAUUUUUGAUGAUGAUGACAUGCAAGCGGACAUGGAUAUUAAAUUAGAAGUAAAGAAAGCAGAAGAUACAAAUGCUGAGUACCAAUCCGAUGAUGAACUCCUUAGUGUGAUAAAAAAAAUUAAAUAUGAAAACUUGAAUGGAGAAAGCAAAGAAAAUGAACAGAAACCAGUAACAAAAAGAAAAAAACCUAGAAAGAAACGUAACAGAGAAUCAGAAAAGCAGGAGCAAGUGUGCGAAGAGUGUGGUAAAACUGUGCGUAACUUGAAAGAUCACAUGUAUAUACACAAACCCGUAUUCAUGAGAAAGAGGUACAAGUGCAAAGGCUGUGAUAAAAUGUUCUCGACUUUCAGUGCACGACUUAAGCAUUAUAAGACAAAACAUCUCGGAAUCAAGAAACACUGUAAUGAAUGUAAUAAGGACGUAGUGAACUUGACCUCCCACUGUAUGGUGGUUCAUAACUCAAAACCGUUACCAUUUGAAUGUAUUCCAUGUGGCCGCAGAUUCCUCUCCAAAUCCAAGCGAGACCUACACAUGCUCGUACAUACAAAGGAUCGACCGUUCAAAUGUGAUCAGUGCGAUAAAGACUUCAGAAGUAAAAUAAUGUUAAUGCAGCAUAAGCGGCAGGUACAUGAUAAGGAAAAAUCACAUUUAUGUCAAUUUUGUUCUAAGAGUUUUUUCAAGAAAUAUCAUUUGCAAGUGCACCUCAGAAGUCAUUCAAAAGAAAGGCCAUAUGAAUGUCCGGACUGUGGAAAAUUCUUUACAACAACGUCAACUCUAAAGAACCACCGACUUAUCCACAGCGACGUCAAAAUGUUUGCAUGUCAACAGUGUGAUAUGACUUUUUUCACACCCGGGUACCUGCGCAACCACAUGGUGUGCCACUCGCGCGAGAAGCGGCACUCGUGCCAGUACUGCGGCGUGCAGUUCGCGCGCUCCGACCACCGCCGGCGCCACGAGCGCACCGCGCACGAGCGCCUGCUGACUACCGGCCACUACUGCGGCGUGCAGUUCGCGCGCUCCGACCACCGCCGGCGCCACGAGCGCACCGCGCACGAGCGCCUGCUGACUACCGGCCACUACUGCGGCGUGCAGUUCGCGCGCUCCGACCACCGCCGGCGCCACGAGCGCACCGCGCACGAGCGCCUGCUGACUACCGGCCACGCCCCCGCCCCCGCCCUAAACGACUCUAACUAA